AGUACGCGCACCGGGACCACGGUUCGCUUGUAGUACCUCGUUCUUUUCUCCUUCAUCCCUCCCUCUUGCUGCAUGCUCUGCUUCUGUGGGUUUUUUUUCAUUUUCUUUUCAUUCUUUUAUCCUACUUCUCUCUCCGAUUUUUUUCCCCCUUCGCUUUAUCCCUUCCAUCUCUCUCACACUCCACUUUUUUCCAUAAUCCAUCUUUCAAAAACCAAUCACUUUCACUACUAGCUCCACUCCCUCUUUUUCUAUCUCACUCAUUCACUCACUCACGCUCAUUCACUCCUUUCUCUAUGUUUAAACUCCCUCUACUUCACCUCUCUCUCUCUCUCUUACUAUUCCCACUCUUCGCUCCAACAUUAAAACGGUUGAUGGUGGGAACGGGGGAAAAAAUAUGUUUUGACGAAUUCGUAUUUUUGCUUUCAUCUUCGUUCGUUUACGUAAACAAGUGAAAAACCUUUGAAAGACUCAACGUUAAACAUCAUCACGCUCGUUCUCUCUCUCUCUCUCUCUCUCUCUCUCUCCAUAUGUGUGUGUCUAUUUGACCAAAGGUUGAAGAAUAGCUCUGCCUGCCAGAACGACACACAGAAUCUCCAAAAUGCUGAAAUUUUUGUUGAUUAUCAAUAAAGCCGGCCGCCUUCGUCUUUCUCAUUACUUUGAGCAUCACCUGCAAGAGGAUAGAUCUGCCAUGGAACGAGACAUUGUACGGCACUGUUUAGCUUCUGACGAUAAACAGUGUACAUUCUGGGAAUAUCGAGAUUUUGUGGUAGUUUAUCGAAAAUAUGUGAAUUUGUACCUGGUGGCUGCCGUUACCAGUGAUGAGAAUGAACUGGCGAUAUAUGAGCUGAUGCAUAAUCUACUGGAAACAUUGAAUGUGUAUUUUGACAAAGUUUCAGAGCUGGACAUUAUCUACAACAUCGACCGUGUCCAUGUGAUUAUCCAAGAAAUGUUCAACACCGGCUACGUCAUGGAAACAUCCAAAAACAAAGCGCUGACAUCUCUUCGGCUACUCGACACCGUGAAGCGAUGACAGCAGCAACAGACAACAAUGAAGACAAAACAAUGACAAUACCAAAAGAAAACCAUGUGGUACAAACUGAAUGUCUCAGAGACCAAAUCCAAUGAAGACCUAAUCCUUCAAAGACCAAAUUCUUCAAAGACUGAAUCACUCAAAGCUUUAAUCCAUGGGAGACCAGAGACUAAACCCUUUUGUUACCAUAUUUCUGCUGAAAUACACUGCCUUUGCUUCAAUUAAUUCUUAAA